AAAUUGUGUUCAAUUUAUUUUUCAAAAUGAUGAACACUCGAGUUAAUUCAUUUUAUUAUUUUUUUCUAGCAACUUUACAUUUAUGUACGGAUAGUAUCAGUGCAUCUGUGACCCCCGAUGACCUGAAAUGUCUUUGUGGUUUGAUGAAUGGAACACGGUUAGUAAAGGAGUUACCGCAAGGAUGCACAUCAGUAGUAGUAACCACAAGCUCAGAACUAGACAGGACUAAAGAAGAUAUAUCGGCCAUCAAGAAAAUUAAAGGAAACCUACCAAUAAUUUUAAUUUUUGAUAGUUUUAAUAUUGAUGAUUGGGUAAAGAAGUUCAAAGAAAAUCCUUCUGAAUUCUCUUCACAAAUUCAAGACUUUGAAGUUGAUGCGAUUGCUUUCGAUCGCAUGUAUUAUGAUAUUAGAAAUUUCAAUGACCUAAAUGAAACUUUUACAAACGCUUUAGUUCCAUGGCUUGAUUGUUUAAGAACAUUAAAUCCUAAUAUGAAUUUCGGAAUCGUUUUAUUUCUUGAGUAUGGCAAGUUUUACAGUACUUUUAAUUUUCAAUUUUUGGACUCUUAUGUUGAUUUCUACUUAAUUAAUUCAAUAUCGAAAAUUAUUUGUUUUCAUCAGGAAAAACAAAAAGAUAUGCCAAUUCCGGAUACUGCAGAUAAACUAGAAGCCGAUAUCCAGACGACCAUAAAUAAUAAAGUGGAUACAAAAAAAUUGUUAUACACAAUAGAUAUAAGAGUAAAAAGUGUUCAUCCAACUGCUGAUGUUUCGUACGAAGAUAUGACUUAUUCACAUCUAUGUGAGGUUCAAAUGAGCAGACAUCGAAGAUAUUGUAUAGAAACAAUUGAUAACAUAUUUUUAAAAGCCAGAUUACGAAUUAAUAUGAAUCUGUUGGGCAUAUAUGUGGCAAACAUUGAUUACGAUGACUAUUUGGGAAAAUGUGAAUGUCAACUGCCGUGUGUUGAAUCAAAAACAUUUCCAGAGUUAAACAUUAUAAUCGGUGCUAGUCAAGAAAAUAAAUAUCCAAUAGAUCAUUACAAAUGUAUCUCUGGAGAAUUCCCGAAAAUUGUCAAACCCAAAUUUCUCUAAUUUAUUACGAAAGCUAUUAAUUGAUAAAUUUAUAAAUAUAACAUAUGUAUUAUGUGUUGUUGGAAUUCCAAAAACGUAUAAAA